AUUCCGCAGCCAGCUACCAAUUUGUCUAUCCGAGCGUAUACAUGGUAGAGCGCUAGGCUAUUUCGAGCAGGCGCAGGUCUUGGCCCGGGCAUGGACCAAGAUGCUUUGUCAGCCAUCCCAUGGCCUCCUGCUUCAACUUCAGGGAACCACCGAACUCUUUAUCCUUCCCUGGACUGAAGUGAGAAAAAUCUGUCCCUACCCAGAUGGCGCACCGAGAAGUACCAUUUAUCAUCAGUACGUCCCAGCCGACAAAGGCGACCGAGUCGCAGCGGAGAAUCGCCCUGUCGCACGCCGCUCGCUCAGCGCAUGCCAAGGCCAGGCGCCUGCGGACGCUUCAAUACCAGGCACAAAAGAGACAUGAACGCCAUGCAAGGCUCUCACAAGAAACUCCAGACCUUCCCAUUACUGGACUGGACAUUUUCCUUCCAGCAGACAGAACAGACCCCUUCAUGAGUUUCGCAAGGACCUUAUCCCCUACCGAACAAUUUCUUUUCGAUCACUACGUCACAGUGAUCAUACCUCUAAUGCGCUGCAACGAGACGCAGGUGCUCUUCUCGCAGCGCAUGAAUAGUAUCUGGGUCCCUGUCGCGAUCACCGAAUCCAGCCUUCUCGACAUUGUGCUUCUCACCUCGAGUCGACAUUUGUCGUUCUGCUACACGCAGGAGCAGCAGGAGAAGCAACGCUUCUUCACGCAAGUGACACUCCAGUACAAGUCGCGAAGUCUGCGGUCACUGAGACGCGCUAUUUCGGCCGAGGUGCCGGCUUUGGAUGACGCGACGGUCGCAAAGGCAAUCAUGCUCGCUUAUGAUGAGCUAUACAUUCGCAAUACAAUCAUGCUGAAGCAUCAUAUUGACGGGGCUGUCAAGAUGGUCGCUCUGAAAGGUGGGCCCCAGACCUUGGGCUUAGAGGGACUUCUCGAACACUUUCUUUCCAACCUCAUUACCAAGAUGAGAGGUGACCUAGGGGUUCAUGUCACGACUCCCUGGGAUGUGUGCUGAACUUGACCUUGUUUGGGGAUGUUUGACGCGCCGCGGCCGAUCCACUGAAGUGAGCUACAAGAUCGACGAAUGUCUCGAUGGAAGAAACCUUCUCGGUACCAGCGAUCUCGAAUGCCCAUUUCCGUAAAUCACCUGUCACUUUCAUGGAUUCUCCCAAAUAGUG